GAAAUGGUUAUCGUCUUCAAUUUCUCCCUACCUGUGGAUCUCCUACUCUGCUUUCCUCUUCCCUCUCCGUCUCCCCCCCACCCCACCUUGGUGCGUAGGAUGGACGGCGGGCAGGAACAAGAUUUGGCGGCCAUGGCAGCUGAAAACUAUCGAAGAGUCUUUAUUGGUUUUGCCUCUACAUCAACUGGGGCGUUCGAGGUAAAGGUACUGGACGAGGUUGCCAAAAACAGUGAUGGUACCAACAUUGGUCUGCUCUGGUGUCAAUACACCCUAGGUCCAGUUAAAUCUGUAAACAUGGUCAAGGAAGGGAGCUUGGAUCAUCCAAUAUCAGAGGAACAAUAUAUUUAUCUUGCUAGUCUCGACAAGCAGAAGAGCGCUCUGGUAAUUGAAAACUACUUCACAAAUGAAAACAACUGUGGGUGUUUGGUAGUGGAGACUGUCAGUGGGACCUUGCAGUGUUGGCUUAACUAUCUAGUCAAGAAUAACAUUCCAUUGGUCAAUCAUGAUGGGCGUAUAAUGCCAACACUGCGGAAGAUCAUCUUAUCUCUUUGUAGCUUAGUAUACCAUGUACUUGGCGAGAACUGGCAUCUUCACAACCUUACCAUGGAUGACCUGUUUCUCAAGAAGCUUAAUGGUGAACUUGAACUGAAAGUUCUCUUGUCUGAUGUGAGAAAAGGGAUUACACAACAAAAAAAGGACUCAACGUGGAAACAUGUUAAGGACAUCAUCAACUGCUGUUUCUCAGUAAACAAGGUUGAACUGAGUGUUGAGACUAGGCGCUUCUGUAACUUCAUUGGUCGUCAGACAAAGGAUUUUCCACUAGAAAAAUAUCCAGAUUCUUGGACUGAUAGUGAUAAGGUUGCUUACCUGCGGCUAAUCCUACAAGCUGACAUGAACGACAUGAAAAGUUCGGUUAUGGCAUCAGGCAUUGUUUGGCCGACCGGACAUGAUGGAGCCAUACAGCCAAUCUUGGAACAGAUAAUAAAUCAUGAUAAGAAAGCAGCAAAAUAUGAGUCUCAUCCAUGGCACUAUAUCCGACUUGCCCGAAAUGUGACUAAAAGUUUUGACUUACCUGAGAGUCUAAAGAAAACGCUGAAAGUUGAGUCUGAUUUCCUGAGGAAAAUGGAGGAGUGGACGCCAACCAUUUGGACAGAUUUGUAUGAAACUAUUGGUCCUCUUGGAUUGAAGUGAUCAAUAUGGUGGGAAGCAAAAUCUGUAUCUGGAAGCUUAUUCUGUGAAAUGCUUCCCUUUGAAGAUCCGGUUGUGCUUCAUCGAGAGAGGAUUGUAUUGUUUUAGAUUGUACUGCUAAUUGCUAUGUCGUCUCUCCGAAGACCUAGAUCCAAUCACAUGCUACUACUUUUUUUUUUUUUUUUUUGAUAUUCACAUGCUACUACUUAUGAUUGUACUAAUACUUGCAUUGUCCUAGGAGAUCCAUCACCCCCUUAGUACUAUCCGUGGUUUUAGUUCUGAAAUUAAUUUUAAUUCACAGACAUGACUUUCUGUAUGCACUGAAGAUUCCAUUUUCGUUGAUUAUGAGAACAAGAUUGCCCAUGUAGGCAUGCUCUAGAA